UAGCAGCAAUACAGAUUCUUUGUUCUUUUUUUAAUUAGGUAAAAUCUACACGUUUUAUACAAAAUUCAAUAGGCACAAAAGAGUAUAUUACGAGAGUAAGUCUCCUACCCAUGUUCCCGAGCCACCCAUUGGCAACUGCUGUCACCAGUUUCUUGGAUAGCCUUCUGCAGGCUCAUUUAUUUUAAUAGCUGCAUAGCUUCCCAUUGUAUAGCUGUGCCAAAAUGUAUUUAACUAUAUCCACUAGAAAGACACUUAGAUUGUUUCCAAUGUCAUUAUCCACUGUGAUCUAAAUUCCAUGUCAGUUCUUAUCAAUUACUUAUCACUCUUAAUUCGUGGUAGCUCCAUGGUCUUUCAAAUUGUAUAGAUGCGCCAUAAUUCAUUUGCCCAUUUCCCUACUGAUGGGCAUUUUGACUUCCAGGGUCUGUCAACUUGCUGCCAUUUCCCCAGCAAGAGUUUCUUAGGUACUCCUCCACCGAACUAUGAACUCCUCAAGGGCAGGGGGAGUGUUCAUACUCAUCUUUGUAUCCUCAUAGCCUAGCCCGGUGUCUGGUCCGGAGUUUGUGCUCACUAAACUUGAGUGUAAUAAUAAUUGAAUCGCCCGCGCAGUGUUCUUGAAGUAGGGGAGGCAGGGCGAGGAUUGUCCGGAUCUCACAGUUCCCGGAACUUUUGUUGGAAGAAUGGUUGUUUCUCGGGAAGGAUUUUUGGCUUCAAAGCGUGCCCUGCACAAGUAUGGCCGCCACGACCCGGAAGUAGCCUUUUAUUUUGCUGGAGUCAGGUCUUCCGCGGGGCGGAAAAGGCAUGUCUGCAUGUGUCCCGAAUCUUUCGAGUCCCCUUUCCUUGCAGGAUCCCAUGAGUAAGCUGUGGCGGCGCGGGAGCACCUCCGGGGCUAUGGAGGCCCCUGAGCCGGGGGAAGCGCUGGAGUUGAGUUUGGCGGGUGCCCAUGGUCACGGAGUGCACAAGAAGAAACACAAGAAGCACAAGAAGAAACACAAGAAGAAACACCACCAGGAAGAGGAGACCGGGCCCACGCAGCCGUCUCCUGCCAAGCCCCAGCUCAAACUCAAAAUCAAGCUGGGUGGGCAGGUUCUAGGCACCAAGAGUGUUCCUACCUUCACUGUGAUCCCUGAGGGGCCUCGCUCACCCUCUCCUCUUAUGGUUGUGGAUAAUGAAGAGGAACGUAUGGAAGGAGUUCCCCUUGAGCAGUACCGUGCCUGGCUGGAUGAAGACAGUAAUCUGUCUCCCCCGCCACUUCGGGACCUGGCAGGUAGCUUAGGGGGCCAGGAGGAAGAAGAGGAACAGAGGUGGCUGGAUGCCCUGGAGAAAGGGGAGUUGGAUGACAAUGGAGACCUCAAGAAAGAGAUCAAUGAGCACCUGCUUACUGCUCGGCAGCGAGCUCUGCUCCAGAAGGCGCGGAGUCAGCCUUCCCCGAUGCUGCCGCUCCCCAUGGCUGGGGGCUGCCCUGCCCCCGCCCUCACUGAGGAGAUGCUGCUAAAGCGGGAAGAACGGGCGCGGAAGCGGCGGCUGCAGGCUGCGCGGCGGGCAGAGGAGCACAAGAAUCAGACAAUCGAGCGCCUCACCAAGACUGCGGCGCCCAGCGGGCGGGGAGGCCGGGGGGCCGCGCGGGGCGAGCGGCGAGGAGGGCGGGCCGCGGUCCCGGCCCCCAUGGUGCGCUACAGUAGCAGUGCACAGGGCUCCACUCUGUCCUUCCCACCUGGCGUCCCUGCCCCCGCUGCAGUGUCCCAGCGGCCAUCCCCAUCAGGCCCUCCUCCGCGCUGCUCUGUCCCCGGCUGCCCCCACCCGCGCCGCUACGCCUGCUCCCGCACCGGCCAGCCGCUCUGCAGCCUGCAGUGCUACCGCAUCAACCUGCAGAUGCGGCUGGGGGGUCCCGAAGGCCCGGGAUCACCUCUUUUGGCUACUUAAGGCAAGGACCUAACCCGGACUCUGCGCCCUCUACUGGUUUUAAUGUCUUCCCCUUUCCCCCACCCUAUUAAAUUUCAUCCGGUGC